UGGGUAAUGUUGUUGCUGAUAGAAAACAGUUGAACUGCGCAGAGAGUUCAGCUCAGUCGAAACAGGAGCAAGAAGAGGGCAGAAAGCGGAGAGAACGGUCUUGGUUUUAUUAUGCUCAAUUUGAUCAGUAUUUGCCAUUCUAACCGGUCGGACUGAUGGUGAAGAGAAAGAAGACGUCGCAUACUAGCGAAGAGCACGAAAAUGGCAUGACCCUGGGCUCCAGGGAGGGGAUCGGUGUCAAUGGGAGGAGGAAUCCGUCCAGAAAGCCCGAGGGUUGCGACGAGGAGGAGAGCGGAGAGCAGGCGAGCGAGGAGCGCAGUACAAAGGGAGACGACGGAGUGGAAAUUCUUAAUCCAUCAACCACGGAUCUGAUCCCCGGUUCAGCUCCGGUUCUCCCCGCCUCUCCGCCGAACCAGACCGGGCUCGGCUCAACCCAGCAUUCCCAGACCUCCGCGGAGCCCGCCCCUCCGUGUCAAGACCAGCAUCAUUUUCUCCGAUCAAGCGUUCGACCUCCGAGCAAACGCAUCCGGAAGGAUUCAAUCGGCUCUACCAUUAAUGGGCAUGGCGGAGCAAAAUCGAAAGGGGCAGAGAAUGGCUCGUCCUCCCAGGGGACAGUGGGACAGUCGGGGCCUGUGUCGGGUUCCACAGGGGGAUUGUCAAAGGCCUCCAAGGGCCAAGGGUCUGCUGAGAAGGAGGAGCAAUCUGGUAACCAGAAGAGGGCCCGUCGGCAGUGGGAAUCUUGGAGCACAGAGGACAAAAACAGCUUUUUUGAGGGGCUCUACGAGCAUGGGAAGGAUUUUGAGGCUAUCCAGAACAACAUUGCAAUGAAGUACAAGAAAAGAGGCAAGCCAGCCAACAUGGUGAAGAACAAGGAGCAGGUUCGCCACUUUUACUACCGGACCUGGCACAAGAUCUCUAAACACAUUGACUUUGCCAAUGUGUACUCCAGAGUGCUGAAGAAAUCCUCUCAAGAACUGUACGGCCUUAUCUGCUAUGCCGAGCUCCGCAAAAAAGUUGGAGGGCUAAUGGAUGAUAAAAAUGUGGCAAAGCUGAACGAACUAAUCCAGCAAGGAGCCACCACUGUGCGCUCCAAAGGGAGGAACUUGCGGAUCAAAGCACCUAUGUGCCGAGCACUGAAGAAACUUUGUGACCCAGAUGGGGUGAGUGACGAGGAGGACCAGAAACCGGUGCGUCUACCCCUGAAGGUGGCAGUGGAGCUCCAACCACGGAGUAACCAGUCCUGGGCCCGCGUUCAGAGUCUAGCUCACAACCCUCGUCUCAGGAUGGUGGUGGAGCUCCACAGGAAAGUCUCCAGUCUCAUUGAGUAUCUGAAACAGAAGUGGGCGUACCAUGACCAGCGGAUUCUUAAGAGUCUCAUGGAGAGGGAGGCUCUGGAAGGCAGCCAGUCCAACACAGCGUCUCCCAGCAAAUCCCAGCAGGAUGAGCUCUUUCUUUUCCCCGCUGAGAGCAGUACUUUGACCACGCUUCCUGGUGUGGCACGUGUCGUUCACUCCAAGGCCUCCUGUACUGUACACUGGCUAGAAAGUGGCAAGAACCGGCCUAAUGCCAAGGAACUGCCAGCUGCUCAGAUUCUGGGUAUUCACACGGCUCCACCACUUCGGACUAGCACUAAAUCUGGACGGGGAGGCACAGCUGCUGCUGGAGGUGCUGGUGCUCCAGUGACUGUAUUGGGUGAUAGUAGACGAACUGAGCCCCUUAAUCUUGAGCCUUCACAAGACUGUUCUACAAAGGUAGAGGAGAAGAGACCUCAGUCUGUUUCUGUCCCUUCCUCCUCACAACAGACUGUGGCUCCUAGGGAAGAGGGAAUUGGGAUAGGACUCUUUGAAGGGGGAACAAUCUGUACUGGUGUGGAGGACAGUAGUGGUUUAGCAGUGACCAAAAGCAUGGAUAACUUGUAUAGUGGUACAGAAAGCUCAUCUGAGCAGUGCAAAGAGGAGCUGAACACCGGCACCUCUUCCCCAGAGGCCAACCAGACUCUCCCAGCCAAACCAGUAACUGGCUCCGAGGAGGGAAUGUUGCAGGGAUCUGCACCAGCAGCCAAAGAACGGGCUGUUGAGCAGAUCAGAGGGGAGGGCUGGAGCGCCCGUGACGCAGAGAACGUCACCCUGGCUGAGCUCUACCUGAUGUUUGGGAAGCCUGGCAAGCUGCAGCUGGAAUAUGAGUGGCAGCCCAUUGCAGCUCCUUUCAACAACCAAGAAAACGGACAAGCUUUGUCACAGCUCAAGCCCAACAGGACACACCACGUUUUGCGUUGCCUGCUCAAGCUGGUUGCCACUGAGGCCAAUCCUAAACCUUUGGCUCCAGAGCUGUGCUCCACAGCUACAUCACCACUUAAGACCCAUCAAGAGGAGCAAAACCAGGCCCUCACACCUCCAGGGAAGGGUCCCAUAGCAGGUGUUCGGAGCCCCAGCUUUGGCCGGCAGCAGGCUUCUAGCCGAGGGGCCCGGUUACACCUGCCAAAUGCUGGAGUCUCAGGUGGACGCAACCUGCCCCGCUCUCUGCUGGGGUCGACGGCAGGCAGCGAUGGAGAAAGCGGUGUGUUUGCAGUACCCACCACACUGCCCCCCAACAGCUCACGGCACAACAGAAUGUUUUCCCCCAAUAAGGAAGCUGAGCUAGCCCUCAAACAGCAGCUCGACUCUAUCAGUCAGUCAGAUCUUUUUUCAAGACAGAGAAAACCUCGAAACAGACAACUUCGGAAACCACUUGUAGUUCAGCGAACACUCCUACCCCGAACUACAGGAGAUACUCCUCAGCAUGUCUGCUCCUUCUCUAUCCUCUCCAACUCUUCCGCUACAGGAACUGGAUCUUUCCGGCCGAUCCACACUCGCCUGGCUCCUUCCUCCCGCCCCCUCCUUUCCAAAGCUUCCACUGCAGCGUCCAGCUCUGCAACGGCCAGCCAGCUCUCCAGUGCCAUUGACCUGGCAGCAAAGUCUGCAGGUAUCAUCCCUGGCAGUCCCUGUCGGGAGCUAAAUUCUCCUGCUGUUGAUAACAGUACCCUGCUCCCCACCACUCCCAUUGUUGAUGCUGAACCAGACUCUCAACUCCUCCAGCACAAUGUCCCAGAGAAUGGUCAGCCUCCACCGUCCCCUGGAGUGACCGGUGGUGGGGACUCUCUCCUCUCUCCACCCAGCGUAGCCUCGCUCCUGGACAUUUCUCUCCCUGGCCCCCCUGAAGAGGCUCUAGCCCCCGGAGAACCUCAGACACACAUCAGUGACUCCAUCAUCGAGCUCGCCAUCAACUCUGCCCACUAUGGUGAGGAAGCUGCGCUCUCUCCAGCCAAGCUGAGCAACAAUGACGGCUCCAAACUGUUGGCCUCAUCUCCAUCGGUCAGCCCGUCCCGAGGCUGGAUCCCUUCACCCAGCCAUGACCCCCAGUGGUACCCCAGCGACUCAUCUGACUCCACACUGGGAUGCCUCCUUUCCAGCAUGGUCUCUCCUGAUAAGGGCAAGCGGAACACCCUAACCCCCUCUGGUCCCUCCAGUGGCACAGCUUUGCUUGGUCCUAGCCUCCUGGACUGCAACUCCCAUGAUUCCUUCCAGUCCCGUGGCAUUCCUGAUGUGGCAGAAAUGGACUCUCAGCUUGCUUGUAUGAUGAGUGAGAGCAGCGUGGACUACAUUGCUCGCUUCAAUGACCUGGCUCAGGAGCUGGCUGUGACAGAGCCCUCCAUCCCACCACCCUGAGGAAGAGAGGACCUGGCUCCAACAGCCAUCUGAAGGAAAUGACUUUGCUUUGUCUAGACUGUCAAAUCUACUUUGGAGAAAAGACGGCUUUAGAGUAAAGGCCGGCCUCCACCAAGGCCCCCCUGCCCCGUUUGUAAAAGUGCAAUAAUAACAGUGAACAUUUGACCAUUGUUCAAAGCAAGUUUGGAACGUGUUGCUUUCACUGAACUGUUGAAAGUUGAAAUGCCCUUUAAAAACAAACACUACAGAAAAACAAAUGCGUUUACAAAACACAACCUCAUGUACAGGAAAAUACUAUGCCAUAUCUGAACAAAAUAUUUUCACUGAUCUUUUAUGUCUCUUCGUGUGUUGGUCUGUCUGCUGCUCUCUGAUUUAAUCCCACAAAAUGUGUAAAUCCGCCAAAAUGUGCAGUUUAGAUCCUAGCUGGUGACAAAAAACUGCUGAAGAGUGAUUUUGAAAGUAAUGACAGCGAGAAUGAGGUUUAAUGUGGUGAGAUACUUGUUUCUUUUCAGUUAUUUUUGAGGUCUCAGUUGCAAAAAGUAGAGCAGAACACAGCAGGGCAGGUAGAAGUCAAAUUCGUUGAAACUGCCCUCCAUUUCACAUGCUCCUGAUCACUUCAGGUUUUAUUGGUUGAAUUUUAGGAACAUAGCCUGUAAUGUGUGUUUGGAAUCAGGUUUGUCAUUUCUUACGGUCAAAUGUGGCAUGCAAAACGGCAGCUUUUGUUGGUUGAGUUAAUUAGCUCAAGCUACAAGCCUUGAAGUUUGUGCUGAAAUCACAUUGGAGUUCAAUAUCCAUCGCAAGUCUCUUCGUGCAAUUUUUAUCACCUUUAACACAUUUGAGAUACAGUUGACAGAAUACCCAUUGCAACGGUCUUCAGGGUUGGUUUGUUGUUGCAUAAAUAGGUACUUAUUUCAAAUAACCUUGUCACAGUAGUUGAGGUAUUUUUCACUCAACUACUAUUUACUCAUUUACUUAGCUCUUUGCUUGUAGCUCACAGCCCUCUUUAGUUCAAACAAAGAAGAGAGUCAAACUGUUUUCAGUCGAGGGCUAAACUGAGAAAGGCUUACACAAGAAUGUGGCCAACCAAGGAUUCAUUUGUCAUGGGUACCAUUCAAAGUCCGUAGUAGUGUAACACUCUGUUUCAACUCCACAAAAGCAAGCAGUCAAAAGACUCUAAUGAAAUCAAACACUAAAGCCACUCCACUUAUUCCUUUCUUUGAGUCAUGUAGUCAAUCUUUAAAUAACUAGUCAACAUUCUGAUUGGUUGUGCUCAAAAACAUUACUUCCCCAUUAAAACUUUAUUAACUCCUACUGAUACCGGAUGCUAACAACACACUAUGGCUAAUGUCAGGAAUACUAACUUCUGUUCACCAACCCUUUAACAUCAGCUAACCCUCUGUGUGGUAAAGGUAAAUGGAUGCUUAUACUUUUCCCAUGUAAUUUCACCCUUGCGAUGUACUGUUGUUCACAGCAAAUACAAGUGAAGUCCAAACUUGUGGCAUCCAGAUUUUCUAUGAAUUUCAUUAAACCAGCAUCACCAAUAUGCAGUAUUUUGAACAUUUAGUCUCAACAUGUUUAACUUCAUCUCUGAGUGUAAAUUGGAGGGAAGCUAUGUCAUUCCACAGAUGGGAAUUAAAAUGUUUUGUCUCCUUCAAACACCUUGAGGGCUUUGACUACAUUGUAAAAGCUCUUGUGAUGUUUAUUCAUUUGUGAAAAGGCUUCAUCUUCUCACACUAGAUACAAUGAAGAUGAUUCUUAAUAAGGAAUAAACAUCAGGUUCAUCUUUGAA